AUGUCCGUAUCCUCCCUUCGCAUCGAUCUCGCGCCGAGCGCUGCUGGAGAUCCAUCAAGGCUCUGCAGUCAGUUAGACAAAGCAGACCUGGACACUUUGGCCAUUGAGGACGUCACACGAGAUGGUGAUGCCGACUGGAACAAUGGCAAGUCGGCUGCGACCACCGGCAGCGGUAACGUCGAAGAUAGCUCCCGCCGCUGCGCCACAGAGACGACCACGGGCUAUACCUACAUCGACCCAAAGGAAAUGGGUGGCAGUCAUCGCCACAGACUCAACUUCUGUAUGCGAGAUCCGGACAAUCCGCCAGCAGAGGGAAGUGAGGAGUGGCAUGAGGCUGUUAGGGGCAUGACGCACGAACUCGGUCAGUGCAUAACAUUGUAUGGGUCGAUAUUGACUGACAAUCUACCAGGUCACGCCAUCGGCCUCCAACACGAACACCAACGUCCAGAUCGUGACGAGCACCUUUGGAUACGCUGGAAGAACUUCGAAGGCUACGCUGAAAUGCUCGAAGCCGUCAAAGCCGAUGAGCAAGGACUCUUCGACAACCCGUACGAUUCGGAUGACUCUGGCCAUGAGGACUUUGUACCAUACGAUGCCAAGACUCGCGAGUACCAAGCCCGCUCAGAAGAACACGCAGCAGCCGCCUACUUCCCCAUCGCCCUCGACUACAUCAAAGGCAACCACUUCACCUACGAGCCCAAGAAAUCCGAAUACAGCUCCUACACCUUCAGCUCCAAAUUCGACUACGACAGUAUCAUGAUCUACAGCAGCACGAUGGCGACUCCUGAAGGCAGUACGAAGUACUCCAUCACUAGGAAGACAGGCAAUGGGAAGGAGCCGGUGUGGAUGGGCGGUAGUGGUGAUAAGGCGAAGGCUGCGCCGAGUGCGGGGGAUAUUGCCAGGCGAUUCGACUAUACCCUCAGCACUUAUACGAACACAAAGUCUACCUGA